UCCCUUCCUCCCUCGCUGGAGUCUCAACCCCACGCUCUCUCUCUCUCUCUCUCUCUCUCUCUCUCGAGCAGCAGCCAUGGCCUCUCUCGCUCCUUCGCUUCACCAAAUGCUCCGCCCUCGCUUCGCUCUCUCUCUAACCUCCCCCUCCUCCUCUUUCUCUCUCCUCGGAUCCCGUCACCGCCUUGUCCUUCACCACCUCUUCGCCUCCUCCUCCCAAACCUCAGCAUCGCUCUCCUCUACAUCAACAACACGAGAUGCCGAAGAGGAGAAGCAGGGGUUGGAGGUGAUCGACGUCAAUCCGCCGAGGGGAACGAGGGAUUUCCCGCCGGAGGAGAUGAGGUUGAGGAACUGGCUCUUUCAAAAUUUCAGAGAGGUUUCUGGGGUUUUGGCGUUUGAGGAGGUGGACUUCCCGGUGCUCGAAUCCGAGUCGUUGUUCAUUAGAAAAGCUGGAGAGGAGAUCACUCAGCAGCUGUACAAUUUUGAGGAUAAAGGUGGCCGCCGUGUUGUUUUGAGGCCUGAAAUCACUCCUUCUUUGGCACGGCUUGUGAUAAAGCAAGGAAAAUCUGUCUCCCUUCCAUUGAAAUGGUUUACUAUAGGACAGUGUUGGCGGUAUGAACGAAUGACAAGAGGAAGGCGCCGAGAACAUUAUCAAUGGAACAUGGAUAUAUUUGGCGUUUCAAAAGUUCGGGCUGAGGCUGAACUUAUUCAUGCUAUUGUCCUCUUAUUUGAGCGGCUAGGGAUUACAUCUUUGGAUGUGGGUAUUAGAGUUUCUAGCCGUAAGGUUUUGCAGUCUGUUUUGGAAAUGCAUAAUAUACCAGAACAUUUAUUUACUCAAGUCUGUGUUGUUGUCGACAAACUGGGCAAAAUUACUAGAGAGGAGAUCGAGAAAGAAUUGAUAUCAGUAGGGGUAUCAUCAGAAGCUAUCAAUGGAAUUAUUGAAGUUUUAUCUAUUAAAUCCUUGUCCAAACUUGAAGAGGUGCUGGGCUCUGAACGAGAAGCUGUUGCUGAUUUGAAAAAAUUAUUUUCACUUGCUGAGCACUAUGGUUAUUCUCAAUGGAUUAGUUUUGAUGCAUCCGUAGUACGUGGACUUGCUUACUACACUGGGAUUGUCUUUGAGGCCUUUGAUAGAGAGGGCAAACUGCGAGCAAUUUGUGGUGGUGGACGAUAUGACCGAUUGCUUUCCACAUUCGGAAGUGAUGACAUUUCAGCUUGUGGCUUUGGAUUUGGUGACGCUGUCAUAAUAGAAUUGCUGAAGGAAAAGGGACUACUUCCUGACUUAGUAAGGCAAGUAGAUGACAUUGUUUUCCCAUUAGACAGUGAGCUUGAAGGACCGGCUUCUAUGGUUGUAUCUUCUCUAAGAAAGAAGGGUCGAAGUGUUGACCUUAUAGAAGAUAAGCGUCUUAAAUGGGUUUUUAAGCAUGUCGAGAGGAUCAAUGCGGAGAGGCUUAUCCUAGUUGGGAAUUCUGAGUGGCAACGAGGUAUGGUUCGUGUAAAGAUCUUGUCUACUAGAGAAGAAUAUGAUGUCAGUGUCGACGAACUAGUCUGAUCGUUGUAUGUACGUUUUCUAUUUAUUUUGUUAUAUUGACUGUUAUUGAGCUAAUUUGUCAUUUUCGUUGGGAAUCCUCUAACUAUUACCGCGAGAUUGUAUCUUUGGAAUGCAGAGAAUUAUCAAUUUUCUUGUUACCGUGAAGAGCCUGUUGAAUGCUAACCGCACGAGAUGAAUAAAAUAAUGUAAAAAGCAGUGAAAUUUUGAUA